AUGCUGUGCUACCGGAAGCGCACGAGAAAAGAGCUGAGGGAGGUGGCAUGGGACCAGUGGUUGUCAAGUCCUAUCCCUAAGGCUGGGUGGUCGCCAUUUGCGUGCCGGAGUUGCUUCCGCGAGGGCGAGCCUGUCCCGCUUCAUAGACGUCUCGGUUGUGAGCACACGUUCCCGGAUGAGCUCAAGGGCCUGACGCCGGUGGAGGAGAAGCUGAUCGCGCUGAACUCGUGCUACGGAUUCCACGUCAAGGGCCACAUCACGGUGUUCCCAAACAACGUACAAGAGCUGGCGACGGACGUGCUGCCGCACCCUCUCUUCCAGGUAAUGGACGAGAUCCACGUCUCGUGGCAGGGGGCGCUAAGGCCGACACCGAGCGAUCUGUCGAGUCUCCUAUCGAGAUGGAGAGCUGGGAGACCCGGCCCACGGGUGCCGCCGUUGGUGUACGAGCGCCUGGAGCGGAACGAGCCGUCGGCGUGGGAGAAGACGCGGACGGCGCGUCGUGCCGCCCACGGAGCGGGCCAUGGACGACGAGGGGCGGUGGAGAUCGAAGAAGUCCUCGCCAUGCUCAACCAAGGGGAAAGCACGACGAGUCGCGAGGCCGGCGAGCCAGAGGCAAGCGAGGUGGACGAGGUGCGUGGUCAGAGCUGCGGCGAGGCCGAUGAUAAUGCGAAGACGGUCAACGAGCUGCGCAUGCUGAGCGUGACGAGGAAGAACUUCCGCAAGGUGGAGCGCAUCGUACGGUCGCUGACCGCAGACGGGUUAGCGGCAGCUAGAGCCGAGCUGGAGAGCACAGGCAAGACGACCGACGACGGCGUGAAAGAGCUUCUCAGGAGCCUCUCGCUCUAUGGCUAUCGUCAGCCCAUGUCGAGAGAGCUCCGUCUCAGUAUGCGGCACAAGAUCCUGGCGCUCAUCGUCCGCUACGGCGUGCCUGCGAUCUGGUUCACGAUCAACCCAAACGACAUCACGAACCCGGUGAAGCUCCGACUGGCAGCGUACCGCACGCGCGACCCUGAGGCGGCCGAGGAGUUCCUGCGGAGCCUCGAUAUGUCGUUCAAACGGGUGAGGCUGUCCGUCUCCGACCCGAUGAGCUCAGCCAUGUUCUUCCACCGGGAGAUGACGCUGUUCUUCGAGCAUUACGUAAAUGCAGGGGAGUCGGUGUUCGGGCGCAUCGGCCACUACUACGGUGCCGUGGAGACCAACGAACGAGGAUCCCUUCACGUCCACGGGCUGCUCUGGUUACACGGAAACGCGCACCUGAGCUCCAUGCUUUCCGACGCCCACGGGGAGGAGCAGGCGGCGUACCGUGAGCGAAUCAUCCGCUAUGUCGAUAGCGUCUUCUGUGAGGACUUGGACCAGGAAGGCUUCUGCGCCGUGCAGGCGGAGCGUUCGGUGACGUCUGACGUCUCAUCCCUGCUGGACAGUGCCGAGCAGUUCUCGGCCGGAUUCGAAGAAGCCAACUUCUGCGCCGGCGCGACGCAGAUCCACACCCACAGCCCGACAUGCGUCAAGUACUCCCUGGGCAACAAGGGGCGAAGGGCGACCUCUGUCGCUUCAAGGCGCCAUGGAAGCUGGUCGAGGAGACGACGCUCACAGGACGGCGUGCUGCGGAUCCGCAGGACGCAUCCCAUGGUGAAUCGGUGGAACAAGGCCAUCGCCGUGGGGCUCCGCCACAACCACGACAUCUCCUUCAUAGCGACGCAGCGGAAGACCAUGGCUCUCGUCUAUUACGUGACGAAUUACGCGACCAAGGUAGAGGACCCGACGUGGAAGCGCGUCGCCGCGGCCGCGGAACUGCUGCCCGUCGUCGCAGCAGGUGGCCAGCCGGGUGCCAGGGAGGAUGCCGGAAAUGGCGUCGUCGGCGGCGACGACGGAACCAAGAAUAAUAAGACGCGGCAGUUUCUGAUGAGAGUGGCGAACAGGAUAUUCACGGAGCGCGCCCUGUCGCAAGUCGAGGUCGUCGCCCAUCUCCUGGGAUACCCGAGCGAGUUCACGAGCAGCAGCGCCUGGGCGUACCUGAACGUGUCGGUGCUCUACUGGCACGUCUCCAGGCGCUGGCGACACCUUCGGCAGGAGAGCGGCACCGCGGUCGCAGACGUGUCCGUGGACGAGUCGGUCGCCGUGGAGGAAGCAGGCGAGAGGAUCAGCUUCGCCGAGGCGUACCAUCAUCGCGGACACGUCCUACGAGGCUUGUGCCUAUAUGACUAUGUUUCGCUCGUCAGGCUCCAACGCGUCGGCAAGGACGGGUGCUCCGGUGCCUGGGAGAGGUGCCUCGAGAGCGGCUGGGUGGCCGGCAAAGACUGGGUGCAGGUAUUGAGGCGGCCAGGAAAGCACGCCGUCGUCUGCCUUGACGGCCACCUUAGCAAGGAUUUCGAGCAAGACGACGAGGAACAAUGCCACCGCCGAGCAGCCGUGCAGCAUCUUGCCCUAUUCGCGCCGUGGGAGACCUUUCUUAGCGAAGAGCGAGGCGACAUCAACGAGAUAUGGAGGCGCGCACGAGAGCGGCUUCCGCCAAGAACCUCGUGCCUCGUCGAUAACCGUCGUCCGGCGACGGGGAUCCGGCCGGCGCACCUGGCGAUUGGGGGAGGAUGGGGAGGGCCGGGCGAGGCGGACCGCGAGGCGGGAUCCGCGUACCAGUCCGACAACGUCGGAAACGCAACGCGACUGAUCGAUGUCGUUAGAAGCGCGACCGGCGCGAACCAGAUCACGGCGGGGUCGCGGGAGCUUUCGGGAAUGAUGCAGCAGCUCUCCCGCUUCCAGCAAUCAGCGCUAGCCUCGACGGCCGAGCUCCGGGCCACCGUCGUGACCGAACGGGGUGGGGCACAUCAACAUGCCCGGGCAGGUGUUCUCGGGGCUGCAGUGCCGCCGCAGGAUCAGGUCAAGGCCAUCAAGUCGCAGCAGACAUGCGCCUCCAGAGAGAGGGUGAAGAUGAUCCAGGGCAUACAAAGCAUGGCCCCGGCCCACGGUACCGAUCGCGGCGCAGCGGAGCGGAGCGUGCUCGCCGGCUUCGGGGAGGAAGACAUCCAGGUGACGCGAGUGGAAACCGAGGAGAGGGCAGGUAACGCGGAGGCCGGCAUGGAAGUCCGCCUCGGCCCAUCCACCUCCUUUCACGAGGCCGGGAAAGACUUGACAAGACGAUUGACGCUAAACAAGAAGCAGGCGAUUGCCUUCUCCAUAAUAUGCCGCCACCUGGACUCGAUGCGGCAAGGAGACGGAGGCGACGUCAGCCAGCUCUGUCAGUUCGUCGGCGGCGAGGGCGGCACCGGCAAGUCGCGCGUCAUCGAAGCACUCGUGGGCCUCUUCGCCGCGAAGGACCUCUCGCAUCGCCUGCUGAUCACGGCGACGUCGGGGACCGCCGCCGCGCGGGUCAACGGCAUCACCAUCCACUCGGCCUGCGGCUUCACCCAGGACCAAGGGCCGGGCGCGAACACGGCGAGGGACGUCGACGGCUCUCGGAUGGACUGGCAGGAUAAGGACAUGCUCGUCAUCGACGAGUUCCGCCCGGUCCAGGAGAGGUCGAUCCUGCUGCCGAGCGCGGCCGUCUCGUGGGACGAGGACAACUCGUUCAGGGCCGAGCAGCGCCACCAGCACGACAAGGCGCACGCGCUGUGGAGGCGGUUCACGACGGCCGUCAUGCUGGACGAGCAGAUGCGCGCCGCCGGCGACCCGGAGCUGCAGCGGCUGCUGAAGCGGAUCCGCGGGGGCGUGCAGGACCACACGGACCUGGAUCUCCUCAACUCGAGGUGCCACCGGGAAGGCAGGCGGAUCCCGUGGGAGACGGGCAUCACCGUGGUGACGCCGCUCAACAGGAAUCGGUGGAACCUCAACAUGGAGGCGAGCCUGGCGUUCCAGAUCCAGCAGCGGUCGACGGUGCGCAUCUUCCUCUCCGAGCACAAGUGGAAGGACGGCCUGCCGACCGAGGAAGAGGCCAUCAUGAUGCUGAACCAGGGCGACGACAGCGCGAUCCCGGUGCCGGCCGUCUUCAUGUUCGUGCCGGGGAUGCCGGUCAUCGUCGACAAGGCGCACCCGGGGCAUCGGAUCUCGGCCGACAUGACGAUCCACUUCGGGCCGCCGGCGGCGAUAAUACUGGGGUCGAAGACGACCAAGGACUUCCACUUCGUCGGGAUGCCGCCCGGCACGAUCCUGCUGACGCCCAUGAGCGUCAGGAUCCAGUGUCAACGGAAGCGACCGUGGCAGCAGAACGACGUCAGCCGAAAGGGCCUGCCGUGCGCCGCCGCUUUCGCGUGCACGGAUUACAAGGUGCAGGGGGGGACGCUGGAGCGCGUGGCGCUCGAGCUGCGGGGGACGAGGACGACAAACGUCGGCGGACGCGCCGUCCCGUCGCAGUGCGACCCGUACAGCCUAUACGUGCAGCUGUCACGGUGCCCGACGCUGGACGGCAUCAUGCUCGUGUCGAAAGUGCGAGAGAGAGACCUAGUGGGAAACCGGGUCCCCGGGGAGAUGACCGCCGCACAAGCGAGGCUGGAGGAACUGAGCGAUAGAACUGUUCGGGAAGCGAUGUGCAACAGGCUCGGUGAGAGCGCGGGGGACAGAGACGGUGAGCAGUAG